UUUCUUGCCCGUCUCCUUGGCCGCUCUUCGCUUAUCCUAGACGCCUUGUACAGCGAUCGUCGCUAUCAACCACUUGGCGGUCGCGCAAACGAAUACGAAACUUGCAACCUUUCUGGUUGACUUUCCGUUCUUGAUCCGGUGUUUGUUGGGUGAAUGACUAGCCGGGAGUGCAGCAACCACGACGUGUAGUUUGUGUAGUAGCAAGUAGCAACAGCGUGAGCUGGAAAACCGUUUUGACGAAGGCUCCGUUGUGAACUACGACCCCACCACCAUGAAUCCGAGCAACAUCGCUUUAGCCAAGAAGUACGUCAAGCCUACGUACGUCGCGCAGGCGGGACAGGCAAUCGGCGUCCACGAGUCCAAGGUGUCGCAGUUGCUGGAGCAGGGUCGCAUCCCCGACGAAGGCUGGGACGACUCCACCAUCGAGUUGCUCCUCCACCAGCUCUCCAUGAUGGACAGCAACAACUUCCUCGGCAACUCGGGCGUGGGCGAGCGCGAGGCCCGCAUCGCGUCGACUCUCGUGAGCCGUCGUCACUACCGCAUGGGCCACGGCAUCGGCCGGUCGGGCGACAUCUGCGAGACGCAGCCCAAGGCUGCGGGUUCGAGUCUCAUGAACAAGCUGACCAACUCCAUGCUGCUCCACAUGCUUCAGGCGGCCGGAGUUCCUUCCGCCAAGUCGUGCUUCAUAGUUCCCAUGGCAACCGGCAUGUGCCUGUCCCUGUGCAUGCUGACCUUCCGGAAGCAGCGAGGUCCGCGCGCCCGCUACGUCGUCUGGUCCAGGAUCGACCAUAAGUCAUGCUUCAAGUCGAUCCUCACGGCGGGAUUCGAACCGGUCGUCGUGGAGCUCCUGCGGGUCGGAGACGAGCUGCAGACCGACGUGGCGGCCAUGAGGUCCAGGAUCAGCGAACUGGGACCGGAGACCGUCGCGUGCGUCCUCACGACCACGUCGUGCUUCGCGCCCAGGGCGCCCGACAGCCUCGAAGAGGUCGCCCGGCUCUGCGCGGAGUUUGACGUCCCGCAUCUGGUGAACAACGCGUACGGCGUGCAGUGCACCAAGUGCAUGCACCUCAUCCAGCAGGCCUCGCGCGUCGGUCGCCUCGACGCGUUCGUCCAGAGCACGGACAAGAACUUCUUGGUUCCCGUCGGGGGCGGAGUCGUAGCCGGUUUCGACAAGGCACUCGUGGACUCCAUCGCCCAGACGUACCCGGGUCGCGCGUCGGCGGCGCCGACCAUGGACGUCUUCAUCACCCUGCUCUCGCUGGGCCUGUCCGGUUUCAUGAGGCUACGCGAUGAACGACGCAUCAUGUUCAAGUACCUCCAGGAAAGCCUCAGCAAGGUGGCCGAAAAACACGGCCAAGAGGUCCUCAAGACGCCCAACAACCGGAUUUCGAUGGCUAUGACCGUUCCAUCUGCGGACGCCGAUGCAGUGACGGGCAUCGGAGCGAUGCUCUUCACCCGUCUCGUCUCUGGAGCCCGAGCUGUGCCAACGCACCGGACCGAGCCGAAAAAGGUGGGCGACUGGACCUUCCGGAACUGGGGUUCCCACUCGGACAACUAUCCGUCGUCUUACCUGACGGCAGCCUCCGCCUUGGGCCUGCUGAAGGAAGAGGUAGACGUAUUUGUGAGGAAACUGGACAAGGUGCUAACCAAGGCGUAUGGUGGCCCGAAGGGUGAAUCUUAACUGUCCCUAAGUGUCAUAAUGCGAAGGUCAUAAUGCUUCGUCGAGAACAUUGACUGUGGCGAAACCUCAACACCGGUGGUGUCUUUUGUGAUUGUAGUCCAGCUUUAAGGACAUCUUUCUCAUGACCGGUUAAGUGUCGCGAGAAAAUUGAACUGACGCAAGUUUGACUUCAGACAAAGUCCACCCUCCGUGGUGAAAUGUGGCGACAAUUUCAGCUUCAUCGGCGUAGGUCAUUCUCGGAGGUGCCGUCGAGGAUGUCAACUGCGGCGAAGCGUCAAUGUCAAUGGUAUUUCCUGUGGUUAUGCGGGCCAACUUCAUAGUCUAUCACACUCGCGGUCUAGUCCUGUGUGGACAUUAAACUGUAAAACUGGCACGUCCUAGAAUUUCGGCAAAGUGCAGCCUAUCUCCGCGAGAUUGACUGACGACGAUUGGUUUCACGGUCAAAAGGUUCAUGGAACAAUGGUCAUUUCAUGUUCAAGUGCCGCUUUGGUUGCUUUUAACAACUGCAUAGCGUGGAACAUGCUGCAUUUCCAUAAUUGUGCUGAUGUAGCCCAAAACCAAAAAUUUCUGUUCUCUAGUCACCUCAACACACAUUGUGCAAGCUCCACAACUUGGAGUGUUCAAGAUGCAUUUACCGCCGCUCACUUACGAUAGCUCACUUGCGGAGCGACAUUGUGUGAUUUUCCUGUUAAUUACUCAUGGGGUAUUUUAAAAUCCUUCAAAGCCGCAAUGCCUCGCAGGCUAAAACGAGUCUGUUGGUGUCUCCUGAUGAAUUGCUUUUUCACUGGCCACUGCAUAAUAUAAAAAGAAGUUCUGUUUCUUUUAUACAGUAAAAAAAUAAAUACACUAAAGAAACCAAGCUAAGGAAAGGUACUGGAUGUGCUAUUUCGCUGCUAUGAACAGUUUAAGCUUGAAAAACGGGUUGCUUUGUUGAAGUUAACGCAGAGUAUGUUUUGCUUCAUGUGAUAUAUACAAAUGCGCACUUUUUGUUUUUAUUAAAUAAAGCUAUUUCCCCCUCAAAUUUCUUGUCAUAUACAUG